CCCUCAAGGAACCUUCAGAAUCGUAAACUUCAGCGAUAUGUUUUGCUCGCUUGCUUUCCUCGCCUUGGCUCAGGUCAUGUACGCUACAUGCACGCCGAAGACCUUUGACUAUGUCAUCGUUGGUAGCGGGCCAGCAGGCCUCGUCAUAGCGAAUCGCCUGUCUGCUGACCCAAAGGUCACUGUCGCCGUCAUUGAAGCAGGAGACUCGGCUUACAGCAACCCAAACGUGACAACUCUACCAAAAUUAAUCACAGAGUACGGUGCCGGGCUCGAUACCUCAGUGGACUGGAGCUACUCGAGCGCACCGCAGACGUACAUGUUCAAUCGUACAUUGCCAUAUCAUGCGGGAAAGGCCUUGGGCGGUACAACGACUAUCAAUGGAAUGACUUUUUUGAGGGCAGAGAAAGCACAGAUUGAUGCUUGGGAAGAGUUAGGUAACCAAGGCUGGAACUGGGACAGCUUAUGGGAUUCCUAUUCAGCGCAAGAAGGCUUUCAGCCCCCAAAUGAAGAGCAACGAAGGAACGGCGCUACCUACGAGGACGCUGCACACGGGUUUAACGGUGACCUCAGCACAGGAUUUACUCCAUACUUGGUAGGCCAGGGAUUCUUCAACACGCUCAAGGAAACGUCGGAAGCGCUUGGCUAUCUUUCCAAUUCCGAUGCCAACGACGGCAGCAUGCGCGGCACUACAACUUGGCCUAUGACAAUUGAUGCUUCCAAGUCGAUACGCGAGGAUGCAGCUAGAGCGUUCUACUACCCUGUCGCCGAGUCGCGGCCAAAUCUCCACGUGUUUCUCAAUACAACGGCAACAAGGAUCGUAUUCGAAGAGAAUGAAUGCUCUACAUCUGAAGUAGUUGCUACCGGCGUUGAAGUGAUCUCAUCGGAUAACACGACUGAAACUAUUCGCGGAACCAGAGAAGUCAUAAUCUCUGCAGGAUCGAUCAGAUCUCCCGCUCUUCUUGAACAUUCAGGCAUCGGCAACCAAGCAGUACUCGAGCCUCUUGGUAUCAAGACCGUUGUCUCGCACCCAACAAUAGGAUCCAACCUACAAGAUCAGCCAAAUAUAGCUAUCGUCUAUACUUCACCGACAAAUUGGACUGGUUAUCCUACUUUCGUUAGCUUACUCACGGCCUCGGACCUUUUUGGCGAUGAUUUACCUGGCAUCACGGAAGAAAUUCGAGCCAAUAUUAGCGUCUACGCAGGCGCUAUCCUUGCAGAUUACGCACCGCACACCACAACCUUGGAGAUACAAGAGAAGCUCCUUAAGCAUCAAGUCGACCUCAUUUUUGACGCCAAUAGUACUGUCCCUUUAGCUGAGAUUCUAUGGGCUCCCGCAGGCAACUUAAUCAUCGUGCCAUUCUGGAAUUUGCUACCGCUUUCUCGUGGCUCAAUCCACGUAACGUCUCCUGAUCCACUCCUUCCACCAUCAAUCAACCCCCAGCUUUUCCAAUUGCCCAUUGAUUCUUUCGUUCAAGCAGCAAUCGCAGUUCGCGUACGCGAAUUCUUCGCUACAGGACCACUCUCCGAGCAUGUCACGUCAGAGAUCUCGCCAGGAAUUGAAGCAGUACCACAGAACGCAAGCUGGCGUGACCCCUCAUGGGCUACAUGGAUCAAAAAAACUUCUGGGACAAACACGCAUCCUGUAAGCACCUGUGCGAUGAUGAGCAAGGAAUUGGGAGGUGUCGUAGAUAAGGAGGGCAAGGUCUAUGGGACGAAAAACGUGAGGGUAGUAGAUGCAAGCAUAUUCCCAACACAGAUUAGUGGGCAUCUCUCUGCAAGCGUUUAUGCGCUUGCUGGGAGAAUUGCUGAUUCAAUACUGGCCAAAACGGAAAGGUAGGAGCGUAUGUUUGUGUGUUAGGCAUACCAUACCCCACUUCCCCACCACACAAGUCAGGCAGCACUUUCGAAUAUACAAUUUCAUCACUGUCUAGUGCCGCUUUCUUAACUCAACAAGGUUGAUAGUUUCAGAUUUGCUCUAAAACCGUCCAGAUACCGCUUUAAUUUCGGAACACCGGCUCAUUGUGAGUCUCACAGACAUCAGAUAUUACGAUGCCGU